AUCUGUAACUUUAAAACCAAACGACUUGAGUAAUAGAAGCGCAGGGCGGUCACAGCGUGUGAUGUGGUGUAGUUGAGGAGUCAGUAGUCCAGAGAUUUUUAGCAAGUUGCUGAGUGACCGAGCUGGACAGCUGGGAUGAAGCGGUAGGCUCGUGCUCGCCAUUACGGUGUUGGAACCGAGACGUGGAUUUGGUUUGAACAUUUAUUUCACAGUUUGAAUUGUUCUACUCAAGCUGUGCUGCACCCAGGGUAUAUAAAGAAGAAGAAAGACGCAAUUCAGGAAAUUGUUAAGAAAUCUAAAGAAAAGAUAUGCACUUAUUCUGACGCCGCCUCUCUUUUGGAAAUGGAUUGGACAAAAAACAUGGCCAACCAUAACCAGCCACGGUCACCAACCACAAGCGAUAUUAACCUGGGACCUUCAGCCAAUCCCAAUGCCAAACCUACAGACUUUGACUUCUUGACAGUUAUUGGAAAAGGGAGCUAUGGAAAAGUGCUGCUUGCGAAACGCAAAUCAGACGGCAGGUUUUAUGCUGUGAAAGUCCUGCAGAAGAAAACAGUACUAAAAAAGAAAGAGCAAAAGAACAUCAUGGCUGAGCGCAGUGUGCUGCUGAAGAGCCUGAAGCACCCGUUCCUGGUGGGGCUGCACUACUCCUUCCAGACCCCAGAGAAGCUCUACUUCGUCCUGGACUAUGUCAAUGGAGGAGAGCUGUUCUUUCACCUGCAGAGGGAACGAUGUUUCCUGGAGCCCCGUGCGCGAUUCUACGCAGCAGAGCUUGCCAGCGCUAUAGGUUACCUGCACUCCCUCAAUGUUGUCUACAGAGACCUAAAGCCAGAGAACAUCCUGCUGGAUUCUCAGGGCCAUAUUGUGCUGACUGAUUUUGGCCUCUGUAAAGAAGGAAUAGACCCCAAAGCCACCACCUCCACCUUCUGUGGCACUCCAGAGUAUCUGGCCCCAGAAGUGUUGAAGAAGCAGCCCUAUGAUCGCACCGUGGACUGGUGGUGUCUGGGCGCUGUGCUCUACGAGAUGCUGUAUGGGCUGCCCCCGUUCUACAGUCGUGACGUUACAGAGAUGUACGACAACAUCCUGCACAAAAAGCUGGAGCUCCGGGGGGGCAAGACCGUGGCGGCCUGUGACAUCUUGAAGGGGCUCCUGCAGAAGGACCAGCACCACCGCCUGGGGGCCACUGCGGACUUUUUGGAGAUUAAAAGCCAUGUGUUUUUCUCGCCUAUAAACUGGGACGACCUGUAUCACAAGAGAAUCACUCCACCAUACAACCCCAAUGUGAACGGCCCGGCUGACCUCCGACACUGUGACCCCGAGUUCACCAGUGAGGCGGUGCCAAAUUCCUUGGGGCGCACCCCUGAUCUGACCUCGGGCUUGUCCUCCAGCAUCUCCAAUGCCUUCAAAGGCUUCUCCUACGCCCCCAGUGACGACGCCUUCCCCCUCUAAAACCAGAGCUCAGACUUUCUUCCAAAUUUUUUUUUUGGAUCAUGGUUUUAUAAGGGACUCUCAUUCUUGUUCUGUAUUUAUAACUUUGUAUAAUAGAACACGAAGGGAUUACUGUAAAUAUGUGAUCGUAAACAUCAGACAGCAGAUUCUGACGGCUGAAGUGUUGAAUACAGUGCUUGUGAAAAGUUCUAGAUUGAUGGCCGUGGACAUUUUUAUUUAGCCACAGAACAGGUACAGCAAAGGGAGCCUUGGUAAUGAGAUCCCCUUCUCCCAUAUGCACGGCAUGGCACGGCACCACUGCCAAAUGCUUUAAUCUCCUCUUUUAAGGUCAGAGAAACUCUAUUAGGAACUGGACUGAGACCUUUGGAACUUAUUCACACAAACCUCAACCCCCUUUUAGGUGGAGAGAGUUUCUAUCACUGCCAGCUGGUAUGAAAGACUUCAUACCCAGUCCAUUGCUGAUCACAGUGAGCCACCGACAUACCUAUCUAUUAUUAUUGUAUGUAUAUCUAUCUCUAUCUAUCUAUCUCUAUCUAUCUAUCUAUCUAUCUAUCUAUCUAUCUGUCUUUAUCUGUCUCCUUCAGUCACUGUGUGCACAAUUGUACCUUAAGUUUCCUAUCUAUGUAUCAAUUUUAUAAUGCAUUUCGAAGUUCUGGCAGGGCAACUGUUUGAAAUUUCUAAAGAUUAAAUAAAAAAUAUUGUGACAUAUAUAACUGCUGGUAUCACAGACUGUGAUUAACUAAUGUUGGACUACUGUAAACUUGGGUAAGGUAGUCUGGGAUUAGUGCUAAUGGGGGUGUGUGUGUGAAACUAGCAGAUGCAAGACAAUGUAAAACAGACAGGGGUGUGUGGUAAUGUGGGCAUCUGAACCACUGAGCAGCACGGACAGCACUCCAGGCCAAAGAGCAAGGGGUGUAAAGCCACUGAUGGUACCAGGGACAUUUGUAUGAAGCAAGAAAUCAGUGUUAGAGGUGGUGGUGGGAUUUAGAAGAAUUAUUUAGCCAUUAUGCAGUUACUCUUAUGUACAACUUGAUUAAAAAUUAAUAAAGCUGACUAUUAAUA